GAUCCUUCCAUCCGUCCGCAGGCGAGAGUUAUCUCGUGCCAGCCCCGCCGUCCUCCACCCCCGCAUCCGAUAGCUAGCGCGAGCAAAACCCCUCUCCCUCCGGCUCACCCGCGCCCGCCCCCGGCACCGCGAGCCCAUGGCUGCCCUCCUCCGCACGGCCGCCGCCCUCGCGCCCCCGCCCUCGUCGCCCCUUUUUGCGCGGGAGCCGCGUGGGCGGUGCCUGUCGCUCGCCUGCUCCCGCCGCGCCCCGGUACGGCCGCUCCGGGCGCGGCUGCUGCAGGCUCCGCACGUCCUCGGUCACGCCGGGGCCCGGCUCCGGCGCCUGGGCGCCACCGAGGCCGAUGAGGCGGCCCAGACGGCGACGCAGGAGGAUUCAGAAACUGAAGUUACUGGAGAUAGUGCUGCAGAUGAUGGUGCUGGGAGCAUAGAUGAAACUUCAUCUAUUAUUGUGACAGCCUUGGAGUCAUACAAAGAAGCUCUGAUUAAUGAUGAUGAAGCAAAAAUUGCUGAGAUAGAGGCCUUUUUACUUUCUAUUGAGGAUGAGAAAAACUCCCUUAUGAACAAAAUCACUGUUUUAGAUGCAGAACUGGCAACUCAACGAGAACGUAUCUUGAGGAUUAGUGCUGAUUUUGAUAAUUUCAGGAAAAGGACAGAAAAUGAGAAGCUUAACAUGAUGUCAAAUGUGCAAGGGGAACUUAUAGAGAGCUUUUUGCCUGUUCUUGACAACUUUGAAAGAGCAAAAUCACAAAUAAAGGUGGAAACAGAGGGAGAGGAGAAAAUAAAUAAUAGCUACCAGAGCAUUUAUAAGCAAUUUAUUGAGAUUCUGAAUUCAUUGGGUGUUGAAGACGUUGAAACUGUUGGCAAACCAUUUGAUCCUAUGCUUCAUGAGGCUAUCAUGAGAGAAGAAUCAACGGAGUAUGAAGAGGGGAUCAUCCUCCAGGAAUUCCGAAAGGGUUUCAAACUUGGGGAAAGACUACUUCGCCCGGCAAUGGUAAAGGUGUCUGCAGGACCAGGCCCUGAAAAGUCUGGGGAGGAUGACCCUACAGAGGUUGAAGAUAGUGUGGCACCUCAAAAGAUUGAAGAUGUUGAGGACGAUGGCGAUGCGGAGUAGUGGAAGUUAAUCUGUGGAAAAACAAGAACAGGUCCAGAAAUUUUGAUGCUUUUCUGGAUUUUGCCAAGCAGACAACAUGAUAGUACCAAUUUGUUCAAGCUAGAGUUAGGCCCGCAAAUGUGCUGUUCCUUCCUGCUGCUGACAUGAGGUGUUGGUAUUGCCACAAAUUUGUGUUUCCACCGGCCGUGGGUGAUGACUCGAUGUUAUGUUCUUACAGAGGAACUUUCUUGAUUCAUUGAUGCAUAAACAUGAUAUUUUAAGGAGUAAAUUAGCUCAGAUUUGUGA